AUGUCCUCGCUGAAUAGGAAGCAGGAGAAGAAGAAGAAGAAGAAGAAGAAGAAGAAGAAGAAGAAGAAGAAGAAGAAGAAGAAGAAGAAGAAGAAGAAGAAGAAGAAGAAGCAGAAGCAUACGGCCCCGCCAUGGACGCUAGCGUCGACUCCCGCCAACGUUGAUGCUCCCCACUAA